GCUACGCGGGGAAAGUGGACGUUGCAUGCCUGGAAAGUGGGAUGUCAAGGUGCGCUGGAGGAAAAUGGGGACAGGAAAGAGCUGUUGAACGUAGGGAGAACAGCUCGUGGAAGUGUCUGGCGACGUUUAUCGUGUUCCUCGGAAUUCUGUGCGGACAUUGGUGUACAGGUGCAGCGGAGGCUCUCGCUGGCAGCCAGAAGUACAGCACUAGGACGGUCAGAACCAGAUACGGGACACUACGGGGCGUCGAAGCCAGGUCCUCGACGUCCGUCGAGACGUACUACGGUGUCCCGUACGCGACACCGCCAGUCGGAGCGUUGCGAUACAUGCCGCCGGUCACACCGACCCCGUGGCGAGGCACAAAACUGGCGGACACCAUGCCACCUGCAUGCCCCCAGAAACCACCCGACCCGGACGCCAGUCUGCCGAAGACUAGACGCGCCUACCUGGAGAGGCUAGCCCCGAUGCUGGCCAACCAGAGCGAAGACUGCCUGUAUUUGAACCUGUACGUGCCCAAACACCCUCACGGUAGUACUGCGGACUUGUUACCAGCCCUUCUCCUAAUUCACGGUGAUUCCUAUUCAUGGGGCGCUGGGAAUGCUUUCGACGGAACCGCGUUGGCCGCUUAUGGACGCCUUAUCGUCGUUUCCAUCAAUUUUCGCCUGGGCGUACUUGGCUUUCUUAAAACCAGCCCGAAGGGGAGCGCGCAGGGAAAUUACGGGCUGAUGGAUCUGGUGGCGGGGCUUCAUUGGUUGCACGAGAACCUCGGCGCUUUUGGCGGCGACCCCGAUCGACUGACGCUCUUUGGCCAUGGAACCGGAGCCGCGCUCGCCAAUUUUUUAGCCGUCUCACCCAUGGCAAAAGAGCUAGUUGAGAGGGUCGUUUUAUUGGGCGGCUCGGCCCUGUCGCCCUGGGCGAUCCAACGUGAUCCACUGAUGGUGAAGCGUCGCGUCGCCGAUCACACCGGAUGCCCUGGCGACGUUGAGUCCGACGACAUCGCGCCGUGCCUUCGUCUGAGGAACCUGGAUGAACUACUCGCGGUGCAGUUGGACCCGCCAAGAUUCACUUCGGGAUUUGCUCCCUUCAUGGAUGGAGCGGUCAUGCCUCAGCCAGUUAAUCAGAAUUUCCAGCCGACCGCCUCCUCUUCGGGACUAAUGCCGCUGAUGCCUGGACCCGGCACCGAGUUCGCCAGCCUCGGAGACCGGGACCUGCUGCUCGGCUUGACGUCCGAGGAAGCUUGGGUGAACCUCACGGACGACGAUAUACAGAACGGCUUGAACGAGACGAGGAGGGAUCGUAUCCUACGCACAUACGUGCGUAACACCUAUCGUUACCACCUUCACGAGAUCUACUCGACCCUUCGGAACGAGUACACGGAUUGGGAGAGGGGCGAGCAGAGUCCAAUCGCCAUUUGCGAGGGUCUACUGUCCCUUUUGGGCGACGGACAGGUCGCCGCGCCUCUUCUGAGGCUGGCGUUACUGCAUUCGGCUGGCGGUGGACGUGGUUACUUCUUGCAUUUCCAGCUGGGCGAUCGACCGAGCCAGAAGGGCGAGGAGAUCCCCUAUCUCAUGGGGAUACCUCUUCUUCGCGGUGAGGUCGUGUCCGUUUUGUUCGCCUCGAUCAACUACACUUCGCUCGAUGAGAACCUGUCCAAACUGUUGGUCCACUACUUGGCGAACUUCGUGAGACGCGGGGAUCCAAACGGCGCCAGCCCGCUGACAUCGGGAUCCGACGGGCUUCCGACCAGCCCGCCGUUCUGGGAUUCGUACGAUUCGAUAAAUCAGCUCUACCUGGAGGCCGGCCGUAGCACGGAAAUGCGGUCGCAUUACAGGGGCCACAAGAUGUCCCUGUGGCUGAAUCUGUUGCCCCAGCUCCAUCGACCAGGCUACGAGAUCAGCAUGCGCCACCAUCAUCUGGCGGAGAGUCCGAGUCUUUACGAGGGCGCCGUACGUCCGCAGACAAUGGCGCUGCCGCUUCCGGCCCCGCCGUUGCCGAUGCCAUCCCCUACCGAGCCGUCGUCCGUAUCGACCGUCGCGAUCUCGACCACCGAGUGUACACCGAACACCACAGUCGCCACCACCAUGGCCACCACGCCCAGAACGCUUCAGCACUCGAACUUGGGCCCAGGGCCUAACAAUCUUCUGCGAAAGUUAGCUUCCAGCCACUACCAAAGCUACACCACUGCUCUGACGGUCACCAUAGCGGUGGGUGUGUUUCUGUUGCUGCUGAACAUCCUGAUCUUCGCCGGGAUCUACCACCAGAGGGACAGGAACGCGUCAAGUGCCGCUGGCCUGUCCUCGGCGUUCGGCGACAAGAAGAAGGAGGAACUACUGGAGGCUGGUUGUUCCGGCAUCGAAAUGUCUUCCGGCAAACAAAGGCUGUCCACGUUGAAUCUUAUGGACUCUCCGCCCUCAAGUCCACCGCCCCAUAAAGCGAAGCUGGUCCAGGAGCUGGAGCUACAGUUACAGGAGUUCCAGUGUUCACCGCCACCCGGCGGAGGGAAGAGGAUACUAGAACCGCCAUUGUACACGAUGAGCCCCUGUGUCCAGAGAACCCGGACUCCGUCACCGUGUGUCGAUGCUACCACUGCUAGGAUGGACGACGAUGACGAUGACGGGGACAGCAGUGAUGAUGAUAAUGACGACGAGAACCUUCCGGAACCCCCGCCACCACCGAAGGUCCCGGCGCCGAACGUUGGACUGUCCUGUCCAGGGAUUCUCAGGCAACCCGGCACACCUGGCAGCGCCAAGAAACGUGUUCAAAUACAAGAGAUCUCGGUCUGA